CCUGUCAUCACCGCGCACCCUUGUCGCCCCCCUCGGCCACUCCCUCCACUGAAAGCUGAGAUUGGAAGGGGACGGUACAAGAAGGACCAUGAAAGGAGAAACCUGGAUGUUAUUUUCGCGGAAAAUCUUAAGGGGUUCUCACAUUAAACAGAUCUAAGUAGGAUAAUAUACCCAAAGGAUAGCGAAUCCAGAAUUGUGUCCAAACCUUCGCAAUUGUGACAACAACAAAAAAAAACGCUUAAGCGCGGUCCGAGUUAGCACAGUCUGUCCGAAGUUAGCUAGCUUGUUCGGCUAAUCAGUUAGCUAACGGUAGCUAGCUUGCUAACUCACAAGAACCACGAAAAACCGGGAGAAACAGCGGUUGAACACGAAGUAGUAAUGUUGCCUUUAAGAAUUAAACUGAACUACGGAUGAUAAAUAAAUCGAGGAUUUGGAAACAAGGCGGGGAUUCAACUUUCGAAGAAGCGGCAACAACUACAAGACAACGGCGAUGUUGGGGAAGCGGGGACUGGUUCGCCUCUGUGGCAGCCCGUCGGUGUGUCGAGGAUGGCCACACUCGGUUCAGUGGAUCCUCGGAGGUUUCUUUUUCCUGCUGUUGCUGGAAGGGACCUUCUGCCUCACCAACCCCAGCACCAGCAGUGCCCCUGCUCCGGGCAUCGACAUUCGCCCCAGUGUCAACGUCUACAUGAGCGAGGAGGAGGUCAAGAAGCUGUUGGGUCUGGAUGCAGAGCUGUACUAUGUGAGGGAUGAUGUGGUGAAUCACUACGCUCUCUCCUUCAUCCUUCCUGUAUCCGGCGAGACCAACAGCCUGCACUUUACCUGGCGCUGCAAGGACAAGGUUGACUACAGGAUGGGUUUCCAUGUAGACAACCCUGCAGCUAUGAACCAACCACAGAGCAACAUCUCUACCCAGGGGGAGGUGCCUCGCACAGCCUCAGUGUUCAGAGUGGACCUGUUCUGCUCGGGGAAGGUGGAUGGGGAAGUGGUUCUGACGGUACAGCUCAACCUCACCAUCCACUCCAACAACUUCACAGUGCUCAACUUCAAGAGGAGGAAGAUGUGUCACAAACGAAUAGAUCCUGAUGCGAAGAUUCCUCCCGUCUUCAACAACAAGACCAUUCAGCGGCCAGAGAAUGGAGUGUCCAUUCCCACCACUUCCACCAGGGUGUUCUACAUCAGCGUCGGGGUCUGCUGCGCUGUCAUCUUCCUGGUAGCCAUUGUUCUGGCUGUUAUGCAUCUACACAGCAUGAAGAGAGUAGAGCUGGACGACAGUGUUUCAGACAGCGGUAGUUCCCAGGGUCUGUCCCAGCCGUCCACCCAGACUACCCAGUACCUGAGAGCUGACACACCCAACAACGCCACCCCUGUCACCAACAAUCACCCUGGCACUGCACCCAUUCUCCAGCUUGCUGCCGCCACCUUCCCAAACCCCAUCCAUGGUGCCCCCAUCCAUGAAACCAAAAGCUACCCGUCCCUGCGUAUUGAGAAGAACGACCUGAGAAGUGUUACUCUGCUGGAGGCCAAAGCCAAGGUCAAAGACAUCGCUAUCUCCAGACUGAGAGUCACUCUACGGGACGUCCUGCACGAAGGAACGUUUGGCCGCAUUUUCCACGGUGUUCUAUUGGACGAGAAGGACCCAGCCAAGGAGAAGCAGUGCUUUGUGAAGACUGUGAAAGACCAUGCAUCUGAGGUGCAGGUGACCAUGAUGCUGACGGAGAGCUGUAAACUACGAGGACUUCAUCACAGGAACCUGCUCCCCAUCAGUCACGUGUGUACAGAGGAAGGGGAGAAGCCCAUGGUACUGCUGCCCUUUAUGAACUGGGGUAACCUCAAACUGUUCCUGAGACAGUGCAAGCUGGCCGAGGCCAACAACCCACAGGCCAUCUCCCAGCAGGACUUGGUCCACAUGGCGAUCCAGAUAGCAUGUGGGAUGAGCUACCUUGCCAGGAGAGAAGUAAUCCACAAAGACCUGGCCGCCAGGAACUGUGUCAUUGACAACAGCAUGCAGGUGAAGAUCUGUGACAACGCCCUGUCCAGGGACCUGUUCCCCACGGACUACCACUGUCUGGGAGACAAUGAGAACAGACCGGUCCGCUGGAUGGCCCUGGAGAGCCUGCUCAACAAUGACUUCUCUACUGCUAGUGAUGUGUGGGCGUUUGGUGUGACCCUGUGGGAGUUGAUGACCUUGGGACAGACCCCCUACGUCGACAUCGACCCCUUCGAAAUGGCAGCCUAUCUGAAGGAUGGAUACAGAAUAGCACAGCCAAUCAACUGUCCUGAUGAACUGUUUGCAGUGAUGGCGUGUUGCUGGGCCCUGGAUCCAGAGGAGAGGCCUAAGUUCCAGCAGCUGGUCCAGUGUCUGACUGAGUUCCAUGCGGCGUUGGGGGCAUACGUGUAAAAUCCACCCCCAGGCUUGUGUAUGGACCAGGCCCAGGAGUUACUGAACAGCGCUAAUCACCAUGAGGAAUACAUUUACAAACCUUGUGCCUUAUUAAAAAGAAAGAACAGACUUUCAUCAUCAUGACAAUGUUUUGUAAAGUAUAGAUUUUUUUUGUAUGUAGUUGAAUCACAUUUCCAUUGCGUAGUCGAAGUGAAAUAAUUGGUAUUUCUGGGAUUUGUGGAGGCUUCAAGCUGUUCUUUCAGCCAAGUACCAAGGAUUCUCUUUCUGAGGUCGUCAUUUUUCCCAGCAUGCAUCACUAGCUUCCAGAAUAGACCUAUACCCUCACUAUGAAAGAGGACCCACAAGGACAUCACUGUUUUGGUAAAACGUCCCUCUCUUUCAUAAAGACCCAUGUGGCCAACAAGCUGUCGCCGCCAUUUUCCUAACAACUACGCUUUGAGGACCUGUUUUUUUUAAAGACACACCAUGCUAAUAUGUUGUUUUCGACAGUUGUUUGUACCUUAGAGAAGAAGAGAUGAACAUUUCUUGUUUUAGAUCUGUUUCUUUUCAGUGAGAGGAUGACUCUUUUAACGUACAGUACAGUGGAUGGGUGUCAGAGUGGACAGAGGGUCUGCUUCUCAAAUGGUACCCUAUUCCCUUCAUUGGCCCCAUAUAGGGCUCUGGUCAAAAGUAGUGCACUAUAUAGGGAACAGGGUGCCAUUUGGGACUCGGAUAGAGCUUUGUCUGUGUACUAUAGAGAUGCUUUUUCUCUCUGUCACGGUAGAGUAAACUCAAGGUAGGUACGGAAGGCCCGUUUUGGGGGAUGGAACGGUCAGUCCGGUCAGUCUCCGAGGCCUAAGCAGCUCUGAUCGGCUGUACUUCUUGUGGACCAAUGACUUGUGGUGUUUUGUCUCUCGUCUCAUCUGUGCUGAUCUCCACUGAAGGACCUACGGAACGUUGUGCUACACAUUCGUUUCCCUUGGGAGACGUGCCGGUGGAGCGCUAGCAUAGCUGGGGACAUUGUCGCCCCCUUCCCAUGAUCCUCCUCAGCAUCUCUUUAGCCAGUAGUGUGGACUGAACAGACUGUAUACAGGACACUACAUACCCUCAGACUUCAGAGAUGUAUGCUAAUGGAUUGAGUUAUAUCUUCCACCAUCAUCGUCCUUUGGAUGUUCACUAUCACAGCUAUCAAUUCCAAUCUCACAAAUAUCUGGGGAAUGAAUAUCUAACGUUAUUAUUAUUAUUAUUCUGUGUUUUUGACUUCGACUGUUCUGUCAGAACAAAACCCAGUUGCCAAACAUGCUGUUUUGAGAAUGAGAAAACAUGAAUUUAUACUACAACACUAAUCACUGUGAAAAUCCGAAUAACUGCCAACCUGGCAACGUUACGGCCUUCAGCAUGAGCAAGCAGCACGUAAUGCCCUGGACCAGAGCAAUAUCACACCAACCUGGCAGCAACAUGGCCUCGUGUUAUUUUCACAUCUAAAAUCUGGACGAUUUGUCGUCAUGAUCACUGCUAUGUUGAAUUAAAGGGUGCUCAUUCUGUAAACUGAAUUUGUACAAAUUAAACAGGACCCUUGGAAAAAAAACAGGCUUUUCAUUUUCUUAUUCAUGUGGUCUGUUUUAAUAUGUAGUUUGACUCGUUUUAUUUACUCUUAAAUUACACCUUAUUCCCUUUAUAGUGUGCUACUUUAGGGCCCUUCGGGUCUCUGGUCUGAAGUAGUGCACUAAAGGGCCCGAUUCAGACUUAGGACAUUUACGCCUUUCCUACGCACUUCUCAGUAGUUGGUAUUCAGACGUACCUUAUGGAGGUGUGGAACAGGCUUUGUAAGUGUGGUUCCCUUGCGCGCGCUGAAUACAUUUUGUUCAACCGCUGAAAACCCUCCCACUUGCUGACCAACUGUUAGCGCGCUGUACUGUCAUUUGCGCAUUGGCUUCAGAAGCCUAUAGCUUCGGGUCUCCACAUGUCAUCCCAAGUGGCAAGACCAGCGUUUCAUAGACUUCACUGUGGAAAAGGUGAUAUGUUGAUAUGCUUCAGUUUGCUGCCAUAUGACAGGUUUCACGUGUGUCUCCAGCGGUUAUAAGGUAAACUAGGUCUAAAACAAGUGUCAUUUAUAUUUACAAUUCCCUUAUCCAAACAGAUUACUCAUUUACCUAGCUCUUAUCAAUAUCUCUUCUCAAGUUGUAAAUUACAGUGUGUGGAGAAUGAUGUUAUUUCUAUCGAAAAAAAAUUAAAGAUCCCAGAAAUUUUCCUUACGCACAAAAAGCUAAUUUCUCUCAAAUGUUGGGCCCAAA